UCGUUGCGAUUUCGGGAUUUUAAAUUUAAUUUAUUUUCUUUUUCUGUCAAUUUCAAUCAAAAAGAAAAUGAUGAAAAAAGGAAGCCUGGGUCUACUGAAAUCAUUCAGUAGAUCGAACCUGAUUAGGCAGACCAGUAGAGGAAUGGCUGCAGCCCCUGUCAAGCCAUUUGUCUUCCAGGACAUUUUGCAACAGGAGAAGAAGCCAAAUGUUGAGUGGAAGAAGUUGACUGGUGACUUUGUUUCGACUAUCGAUGUACAAGGCAAGCAAAUUCUUCAGGUAAAACCCGAAGCCCUAACCCUCCUAGCCCAAAAUGCAUUCUUCGACGUGGCCCACCUUUUACGAUCUUCUCAUCUGGAGUCUCUAUCGAAAAUCUUCAAUGACCCAGAAGCUUCUAGCAAUGAUAAGUUUGUGGCCCUUGAGUUGCUGAAAAAUGCAAACAUCGCUUCUGGAAUGGUGCUGCCUGGCUGUCAAGAUACUGGGACUGCCAUUUGCAUGGGCAAAAAGGGCCAAUAUGUGUGGGUGGAUGGUAGAGAUGAAGAGGCACUCUCAAGAGGAGUUUACAACACUUAUACCAAACACAAUCUUAGGUAUUCUCAGGUAGCGCCUAUAGAUAUGUUCCUAGAGAAAAACACAGGCACAAACUUACCAUCUCAAAUUGAGAUAUACUCUGUUCCUGGCAAUGAAUACAACUUUCUGUUCAUAGCGAAGGGUGGCGGUUCUGCUAACAAAUCCUACCUCUACCAGCAGACUAAGGCUCUCCUGACACCUGAAAAAUUGUUGGCUUUUGUCAACGAUAAGAUCAAGGCAUGUUUUUGUAUUACCUUGGGGACUGCCGCUUGCCCUCCAUAUCAUCUGGCCCUCGUUGUUGGAGGCACCUCUGCAGAGUUCAACCUCAAGACGGUUAAGUUAGCAUCAACUCACUACCUGGAUAACCUUCCUACUACCGGCAAUGAACAUGGCAGAGGGUUCAGAGAUCUAGAGAUGGAGGCAAAAAUCCUCGAGUUGACCCGGAAGUUAGGAAUUGGGGCACAAUUUGGCGGGAAAUAUUUCUGCCAUGACGUCAGAGUUGUUAGGCUGCCUAGGCAUGGCGCCUCAUGUCCUGUUGGUCUGGGUGUGUCUUGCUCAGCUGAUAGGCAGUUGUAUGGCAAGAUAAACAAGGACGGUGUCUUCUUGGAGCAGUUGGAGACGAAUCCUGCCAAGUUUCUGCCUGAUGUUACAUCGGAUCAGCUUGGUGGUGACGUUGUUAAGGUCAACCUGAACCGUCCAAUGAAAGACGUUCUCUCGGAGUUAAAAAAGCACCCCGUAAGAACUCGCCUGAGUUUGACAGGCACCUUAGUCGUUGGUCGGGACAUAGCCCAUGCUAAAUUGAAGGAACGUUUGGACAGUGGCCAGGGUCUGCCAGACUAUAUUAAGAACCAUCCUGUCUAUUACGCUGGGCCCGCCAAAACUCCUGAUGGCUAUGCCAGUGGGUCAUUUGGGCCGACCACAGCGGGGCGUAUGGAUUCCUAUGUUGACCUGUUCCAGGCCAAUGGCGGAAGUAUGGUCAUGCUGGCUAAAGGAAAUAGAAGCAAGCAAGUUACAGAGGCUUGUAAGAGACACGGAGGUUUCUACCUCGGUAGUAUUGGGGGUCCAGCCGCCAUCUUGGCUCAGAACUGCAUCAAGAAAGUGGACGUUCUCGAGUAUCCAGAAUUAGGCAUGGAAGCCAUAUGGCGUGUUGAAGUGGAAGAUUUCCCAGCUUUCAUCGUGGUCGACGACAAAGGAAAUGACUUCUUCAAAGAAUGGCAAACUGAAUAAAUUAAAAAUAUGGGAUACUAAUUAACAUAUUUUAUGCUAAUUAGUAAUUUGAUAGUUUAUUGUUAAUUAGUUAAUAUAAUUAAUUACCAGUUUACAGAUUUUUUUGUCAACUAGUAGAGUAACUUUUCUUAUUUUGGAGUUGGUAUAGUUACUAAUUAGCAACUAAUUGGUCUAAUUACUAAUUAGUACUACAGAUUAACAUAUUUUAUGUUAAUUAGUGGAGCAGUUGGUUGUUAGUUUAUAUACAUUGAGCUAACAAAUGAUACGAACGAAAUGAUUUCCAUUGUAAGAACAUAAAAAGAAAUUUGUUACUGGCAAGCAUUGCUAUUGAGAACAUUUGUAUAUGCUAUUUAUGCCGUAUAUUUAUAUUUAGUAGAUAAAUUGAUAUUUAUUUUAUUAUUAUUCAUGUUAUUGUUUAUUGAUGUUGUUGUUGAUGUAUAUGUGUUAUUACAUUGCGAUUAGGUUAAAUUCAGUUGUUUUUUAAAGGAUCUUGUAUCUCGUUUUGUAUGUACGUGAUUAUUUUGUGAGUGUUAGUGUCUGUGUGUGUGUGUGUGUGUUUGUGUGUGUGUGUGUGUGUGUGUGUGUGUGUGUGUGUUUUUGCUUUUCAUGAUAAAAGAUUUUAAGCUUUUUUAAU